AUGCCUCUUCUUCCCCUGAUUUCUUUCUGGCCAGAGGCGGAGUUUAUUAAAGAAAUUGUCAAGGAUAUCUACAGUAGAUUAUGUAUUUCCUCAAGGAUUCCUGUGCCACAACUUUUUGGGAUUGACGAUUCCAUUAAUUCUCUGACUUCAUGGUUGAAUGAUGAAUCCUCGCAUACAGCAGACAUUUACACUAUUUGGGGUAUUGCUGGGAUCGGGAAGACGUCUUUAGCCAAAUACGUCUAUUGGUUACACUCUCAUGAAUUCGACACAAGCAGCUUCAUUGGAGAUAUUAGUAGGAGAUGCAAUAGUUUUAAUGGUUUGCUUGAUUUACAAAAACAACUUUUUGAUGACAUUUUUAAACCAAAUUCAAUUCAAGUUCACGAGGUUUCUCUAUACAUCCCAAUGAUAGAAAAUGCAUUAGCCAGUAAAAAGGUGUUUCUUGUUCUUGAUGAUAUUGAUAACCUCGACCAAUUGAAUGCAUUACUUGGAAGCAAAGGUUUUCAAGCAGGGAGUAAAAUCAUCAUAACAACAAAGAACAAAUGGUUGACAAAGAGUUGUGAACUAUUCAAAAGGUCUGUUAAACCCAAGAAUACAAAGCACUUUCUUCAAGGCUUAAAUACGAAUGAAUCACGACGACUUCUGUGUUUUCAUGCAUUCAUGUCCAAUGAUCCCAUGACAGGUUAUGAAGAGGUGUUAGAAAAACUUGUGAUGUAUUGUGAUGGACAUCCAUUGGCUCUUGAAAUUUUGGGCAGGUCACUGCAUAAAAGAGAUGUAGCUUACUGGGAGGGCCACUUGGAAACAUUAAAGAAGGAAAAUGGUUCCCCUGUAAAUAAUAUACUAAGAAUAAGCUUCGACUCUUUGCUGUCCGAAAAUGAUAAGGACUUGUUUAAGCAUAUUGCUUGUUUUUUUGUUGGAGUGGAUAAAUAUUUUACUGAAGCAAUUUUAAAAGCAUGUAAUAUAAAUACAAGUUUUGGGUUCACAAAUCUCUUUGACAGAUGCCUUCUUAGCAUUGAAGAGAAUAACAUAUUGAUGAUGCAUCAGUUGCUUCAAGAGAUGGGAAGAUACGUAGUACGUGAAGAAUCACCAAACAAGCCAUGGAUGCGAAGUCGAUUAUGGUGUCAUGAAGAGUCAUUCGAAGUGUUGAAACAACAAAAGGGUACCGAAAAUGUUUUAGGCCUAGGCCUAGACAUGAGAUUGCUCAAGAAAGAGAAGUCAUGUGGAUCAAUUGAGUUGAAAACGGAUGCCUUGAGUAACAUGGUUAAUCUAAUACUGCUACAACUUAAUGAUGUGCAAAUGAAAGGGACUUACAAGAAAUUUCCUGAAAAAAUAAGAUGGUUGUGUAUACAUGGGUUUCCUUUGAAGUCGAUACCUUCAGACUUACCGAUGGAUAAUCUAGUGGCUCUGGACUUGUCAUAUAGCAAGUUUGAGUCAUUUGACAUUUAUUGUAGUAAUCCAAAACGACCUCGGAAGAGGCAAAAGUUGAUUGGAUCACAUUCAAAAGAGAUAAGGUUGCUAAGAUCAUUAAAAUUUCUUAAUUUAAGUUUCUGUGAAAAGCUUUGUAGUCUGGACUGUUUUGACGGGCUCCCUGCACUUGAGUGGUUAAUAGUUACAAAUUGCGUUGGUUUGUUGGAGAUUUCUGAAUCAAUUCAGCAAUGUGUUGAACUUGUCCAUAUUAAUUUGAGCUACUGCAUCAAGCUUGGAAAACUUCCAAGAACCAUAUGCAUGUUAAAGAAGGUUAAAACAUUAUUGCUAGAGGGCUGUAGAAUCGGUCCUCAAAUCGAGGUUAUGGACAUGGAUUCAUUGGUAAACAAAAUUGGUAUAAACGCAGAAACAUUUUUCUCCGCAAUUAUGAACUCCAUACCAACAGAUUCCAAGUUCUUUACGAAUUUACCAUUAUCUUUAGUAAAAUUGUGGCUUGGAAAUAAUAAUUUGACCACAAAAUCCUUUCCCAUGGACUUCAGUUGCCUAUCCGUGUUAAAAGAGUUAUGUUUAGAUGACAAUCCUAUCAGUUCCAUGCCCAAUUGUGUGAGAAGCCUUCCUAGACUUGAGCUACUUCAUAUGGCUGGCUGUAGCAUGCUGACGUCAGUCGAGUAUCCUCCACCUACACUAAGAUAUUUGAACCUCCUUUCUAUUGAUGGCUGGCUACAAAAAGUUGUAUUUGAUCCAGAAAUGUCCCCACUUAGGUUGGGAAUGCUUGGACAACAAAUAGUAAUUCCAUGUGAUAUCCAAGGCAUAGUCAAAAUUGAACGAAUGACAGCUGUUGAGGAAAAGUUAUUAGACAGUUUGGGCUGGACUAAUCCAGACUUUCCUUACGAGAAGUGCAUGGAAACUUUUUUUGCAGAUAAAAAACCAGAAGAAUCUAAAAAUAAGAUGUGUUAUGAAUUCGGAAUAUUCACCACGCAUUAUAUGGGGAAAGAGCAACCGAAUUGGAUUACAAAACGAAGCAAGGGGCCAUCAAUAUCAUUUACCAUCCCAUCACCUCCUUUCAAUCUCAGGGGAUUGAAUUUGUGCUUUGUAGAGAUGCUGCAGGAUCUGUUUUCUCCAGAUGUGUCAGUGGUUUGUACUUCGCCAACGAUUAAAAUUAAUAAUACAACAAAGAACCUCACCUGGAUAUACACGACUUCUCUUAAUGAAUUCCAAGUAGAUGGAGAGUGUCUUAUAUUGCUAAGCCAUUGGAUGUUCGGGAUAAAUGAGAUGGAACCUGGUGAUCAUGUUACUAUAACUGGAAAAGUGGACAUUGGAUCUAGGAAGGAGUGUGGGUUAACAACAGGAGAAUAUAUCUUAGACUUUGGAGGAUAUGAGCGGGACGACAUUGCAAUUGACAAUUCUUUAUAUGAAUUUGUUGGAAAUGGUGCAGUCUAUAAAGAACCGAACACUUUCUCAUAUUUUGUACCUUAUCUUCGAGGGGAUUUCUUGAUAAAGAUUAAUCAGUUUUUGCAAGAACAAGACAAUGGCUUUGUGAAAGAAGGGAAGAAUACCAUCGUUGGGGACAACAGCAGUGGUAUCUCAUUCAAAUCUGAUGAUGAAGGUUCUAUUGGCAAGGAAGAAAAUAGUCAUGGGUGCAAGGAUAACUUACCUCCGUUCAAUCUUAGUGUUCUUCAAUAUCUGGAUUGUUUACUCGAAGGUCCUGACGGAGAGCAACUGUUUUCUUUCCCCUUGAAAAAGAUGAGGGAUUUAGAUAACAUUCUCCAGCUUGGUUCUUCUGAUGAACAAGAUGAUGCGGAGGUGGAUUACAUGAAGUCAUCGUAG